UGAACGCAGAACCUCAGUGUGUGUCAAACCGAGUUGUGUGUCUAGUGCAGUGUCUCGCACCGUGUUCACCUCCACUUCUAACAUGAGCAAAUGCGAUAAAGUUUCGGUUAAUGACAACACCUAAGUGAGUGAAGAGAAUCAUUAUGACUGGUGAAGCAAAUAAGCCCAAACCCAAACAUCAUUUAGUACACUGGUUUAGAAAGGGACUCCGCCUUCAUGAUAACCCAGCACUGCGCGCUGGCCUUAAAAAUGCAGUGACUUUCAGGUGCAUAUUCAUUUUGGACCCAUGGUUUGCCGGCUCCUCAAACGUAGGGAUCAACAAAUGGAGGUUCCUGCUGCAGAGUCUGGAGGACCUGGACACCUCCCUCAGAAAACUCAACUCCCGUCUCUUUGUCAUUCGUGGUCAGCCUGCCCACGUUCUGCCUGAGCUCUUCAGAGAAUGGAGUGGGGGUACAACAUGCCUGACCUUCGAGAAAGACCCUGAGCCCUUUGGCAAGGUCCGUGAUGCCAACAUCGUGGCUAUCGCUCGGGAAAUGGGGAUCAACGUCAUUGUCAAGACCUCCCAUACACUCUACAAGCCUGAGAAAAUAAUUGAUAAAAAUGGUGGGAAACCGCCUCUAACGUACAAAUCCUUCCAAAAUAUCCUUAUGUCCAUGGACCUGCCGCCACUGCCUCUGAGCACAAUAACUUUAGACGACCUGGAGAACAAGUACACACCUCUCAACGAUGACCACGACGAGAAGUACGGCGUCCCCAGCCUGGAGGAACUGGGUUUUGACACAGAGUCAUUGCAGCAGACAGGGUGGAAGGGCGGCGAGAAUGAAGCCCUGACUCGGCUGGAGCACCACUUAGAGAGAAAAGCGUGGGUGGCAUCUUUCGGGCGGCCAAAGAUGACCCCACAGUCUCUGUACCCUUCCCGCACAGGCCUCUCUCCCUACCUCAGAUUCGGCUGCCUCUCCUGCAGAAGAUUUUUUAAGGAACUCAACGAUCUCUAUAAAAAAAUAAGAAAGUCUCCCCCGCCACUCUCUCUCCAUGGACAGCUCCUGUGGCGGGAAUUCUACUACACAGCUGCCACAAACAACCCAAAGUUUGACCACAUGGAGGGAAACCCAAUAUGUGUACAGAUACCCUGGGACAAGAACCCAGAAGCCCUCGCUAAGUGGGCCAAUGGCCAGACAGGCUACCCGUGGGUGGAUGCAAUCAUGACGCAGCUUCGGAAUGAGGGAUGGAUCCACAAUGUUGCGCGGCAUGCUGUGGCUUGCUUCCUUACACGAGGAGACUUGUGGGUGUCCUGGGAGGAAGGCAUGAAGGUGUUUGAUGAGUUGCUCCUGGACGCCGACUGGUCUGUGAAUGCUGGCUCAUGGAUGUGGCUCUCUUGCUCCUCAUUCUUCCAGCAGUUUUUCCACUGCUACUGUCCUGUGCGGUAUGGAAGGAAGGCUGACCCAAAUGGAGACUAUAUCAGAACAUACCUGCCCGUGCUCAAAAACUUCCCAACCAAAUACAUCCACGAGCCCUGGACAGCGCCCGAGUCAGUGCAGCGUGCAAGCAAGUGUGUGAUAGGGCGAGACUACCCAAUGCCCAUGGUGGAUCACAUCAAGCAGAGUCAAAACAACAUAGAGAGAAUGAAGCAGGUGUACCAACAGCUGGCCCAUUACAGAGGCAAAAUCAACCCAGCCAUCAAGUCACCCACCAUGGACCACUACCCGUCUCCACCGCCAGACUUUGAGAAGAAGCGCAACAACAAGACGGGCAAGAGUGACAUCCAGCGAGACUCCAACUAUCGCGUCCAAGUCCAGGCCUGACUCAAACUGGCCUCGGAUGACCAUGAGUGCUAGAACUGACUUCACUCAUGUGGACUAUCACACUGACCUCCCAGCAGGAUGCACAGCAGGUCACAGGCCACAGGCUACAGGCUACUGGCCAUGGGCCACAGGCUACAGGCCACAGGCUACAGGCUACAGGCCACAGUCUACCAGCUAUGGGGUAGAGGCUACAGGCUACCAGCUCCAGGCUACAGGCCACAGGCUGCGUGCUGGGUGAUGGUGUGGCAGGGGUUUGGCUUCAAGAGAAGUGCAAUUUUCAGAUGCUAACACAUCAUCCUUGAAACAUUGAUGGCAAGAUGAUUAGACAUUUUUAACAAAGCCACAAUUAUUUUUCUAAUGUAUUUAUAAAGCUUUGUAAAUUUUGCCGUGAGAAACCUUUAUAAAGAAUUUGUGGCAAGAAAGUCAGACAGAAGGUCUUUUUAGAAAAUAUAAAAGACUUAUGUUUACGUUAAGUCCAUUGUAAUACCACAAAAAUUUAGCUGCUUUAGAAAAAAAAAGCAAAAGAUGAUUCUUAAUGCAGUUCACUCUAGGGUCUGCAUGGUUGACUAUCAUUAGUUGUAAAAUAAUUUAGUUUUGUCAUGUUGGAUAAUUACAAUGGUGAAGAGGCACCACUGCAACAAAUUACUCAGUCAUGAAAAGCAGUUCAUUGAAGAAAACGACAAAGUAGGAAAGUCCAGAGUUUUUUUUUUUUUUUUUUUUUUUUUUUAUUUAUUUUUUUUUUUAGAGUAUGAAUUACAAAAUUACUAGUCUUCAAUUAUGAUACUUCAGGUGAAUAUUUGAUUUUUUUUUUUUUUUUACAUUAUGAACAAAAGUUGCUUUCCUGGAAAGAAGGGAACGUUUCCGUGUUCUGCUCCGUGCACAGUGCCAAGAAGCAGCAAGGAGCAAGCCAGAGCUCUGCAAAACAGCUCUCCUUUUAAUCAAACUUUCCCAGGCAGUUUCUCUCUGAAUUGAAGUCAAAAUAGAAAACGAGUAAGAACAGUUGCACAAAUUGGUGAAUUGGUUCAUCAUCUUGUUAAGUAUUUGUGUGAGUGAUGAAGACAUUGGUUAUGCUGAAAAUGUCCUUUAUAAUUAUUUAAAACUACAAUGUAAGGAACAUUUUGAUAUUUAAAUGGUCAUUUGUAAAAUAAUGUAUGAUUUUUUCUAAUAUAAUGUCUUUGGCUAUCAGUAUAGUAAGUGUUACUAAUACUGUAAACAGUACCUUUGUACAAAGCUGCUAUAUUUAAUGACUUCAUGUUCCAAUGUACCUACUUAUGAAUUUCAAAAGAAGGUUUUCAGUGUGCAUGCAGUGUUUAGAGGCAUAUUUAAUUUGUCUUUAAGUUUGCAUUGAUUUCAAGCAUGCAGAUACACUGGCACAUUGCAAAGACUUCCUGACCUAUGAGUCCUGGACACAUGUGUAUAUAUUAACUAAUUUAAUUUUGUCUACUCAGAUGCCCAUUCCUUGAAAUUCCCUCAAGUAUGUGGCUAUGACACAAUUAAGAGUCUCCAUUUGUUCCUCUCCAUACACCCCACUCCUGCACACUCCAACCUUCCGUCCCUCCUCUCACUCUCUCUCCAGCACUCUACCAAAUUCACAUUGAGUCUUCCUCUUACACAUCCACAGCAUCCAUUCCACCUUUAUAGAUCCUCCUGGUUUUCUCACUGUCUCCUUUUCUCCACAUUAUGAGCAAACCAUCUGAAGGUAUUGCUUCAUUUGGCCACCUCUACCACUCCAUGCUUUGUUCUUUAUCAGACAUGUUAAUUCAUACACUUCCUUUUCCUUCAUUCAUUCUCCUCAAAUCACAAGCAUCUUUUAAACACCUCAUCCUCACUGCCUGAAUUCCUUAUCAUUGACUUUCAUCCUACAUGUCAAUCUCACUCAUACACCAGUGUUGGCACUAUCACUACCACACAGUGCUUUCUUCACCUCCACACUCACUGCCCAUCAUGCUCCCCAGACAUCCUACCACAUCCACAUGUGAUGCUUUCUUUCUAACUUCACUCUCAACAGUUUAAUGUUAUGCAGGAUUGACUCAAGUUGUUUAAGCUCAUCUACCUCUUCUAAUACUUCAGUCAAUUUGACUUCAUACUUAAUAUAUUCCACCUACAUUCUCUACAGACGUAUGAACUUCAUUAUAAAUACUAUGAGCAGACAGCAUUUUGCAUUGUCCAUAAAGUAAUGAGUGUGGAUGUGUUACAUAUGACAUUUCUCAGCAAUAGAGCACUGCUACUUUGCUUUGUCUUAUGCAGAACGAGUAUACUAUUUUGCUGCCUUGCAAUCAAACGUGAAUGAAAAUGUAUGAAUUUAACUGCAACAUGUAUAUAUCUGCUUUCAUUUUGUUACCUUUUAUUAAAGAUGUAUUUCUUUACUGAGUUGUUAGGAUGCAUAUCUGUAAAUAAGCAUUGCUAAUGUAAUAUUUUUAUCCCUGACAAAGCUGAAAUCUUGUGCCAUUCCUGCCACAGAAGGUUGACUGGUCACGUCCCAGAUUACUGCAGUGUGUGAGUGCUGCUGCACACCACACUGAUGUAAUUCAUUAUCAGAGCAGUAGAUAAAAUCCAACCAUGAGUUUCUUUGCAUCAACAGUUAAGGGUGUUAUUAUUGUUCUUCUGUCAGACCAUCAGUUAACAGUUCAUCAUUAGCUUAUCUUUAGGUAUACAAUUGUUUAAGUGUUAAAAGUACUACUUAGGGAAAGGUAUUCAGAUGUGAAUGAAUGCCUAUUAAUUUCUUACUUGUAGUGUAUUGUAUACCACUCAUGAAAAGGCUGCAAUAUAUGUGACUGAUGUGUGACAUGUAAUAAAACACUUAGUUUUGUUAUAUUGACAAGAAUAUACUUAAAAGAAUA